AUGGUUCACUGUGCCGGCUGCGAAAGACCUAUUCUGGACAGGUUUCUACUCAAUGUUCUGGACAGACCAUGGCACAUCAAGUGCGUACAGUGCUGUGACUGUAAAUGCAAUUUGACAGAAAAAUGUUUUUCACGGGAAGGGAGACUGUACUGCAAAAACGACUUUUUUAGGUAAGCACACCUGGGCACAUGGCUUUCAAUAUUGUGCAGAAGACCUUUUGCUUCGAAUGAGUACCAAUUAAGCAGAACUAUGCAAAUGAACAACAGAUGAUGUAAAAUACACGUUUUAUAAUUACAAAAUUAUAUUGCAAGAUUAUGUUUUUUGCUACAUGGGUAUAUGCCUAGUGUCAAUUUAGAGAUAGUUUAAUCUAUCCUCAUGAGCGACAUAAAUUAAACAAACCAGAGACAGGAUGCCCAGAUUAUGAGUGGUGAUCCACCAAAAGCUGAUACAUUAUAAGCAUAUAUCACCAUGUUCUGUGACGGAUUCAAGGAAAUCGUCCUUUGUUUACAAGGAAAGGCUGCCAGACAAACGGGGAUGAGAAUUAUGCCAGGAUUCUUGACGGAAGUGUAUCCCGCCUCAGUUCAAUCAGUCGGCGCACACCCGUUUGUUUGCUGAGACUCAAGUGAAAAUGUGAUAAGUGGAUUUGAAUAAUAAAUCAGCUUGGGAAAAAAACACUGCAAUCACAGACCUCCAGUCCACACGCGUUUGUUAACUAUUUGAAUACACAUUUAUUUACAUAAAUAGGCUACAUUGCCAAAUUGAACAGUUAACUGUGGCUUUGUUCUUUUCAAGCAUUAAAUAGGAUGUAUUUCAAUAAUGGGCAGUUUAUUUUAUGAAUGUUUGAAUUAUCUCCAUUCAAUAGCCUAAUAAUAAACGGUGUAGCCUUUCUUGAAUAAUAGUUUUAGGAAAUCAUAGUUCUACAACACGUAGGCCUAAAUAUAAGAUACAUAUAUUUAUUUAUAACAAUUUAUUUAGCCUAAAAACUAAAUUAUUAUCUUAUAUUUACGGUGGUUGAAUAACUGGUUAUCUGUGUGAAAUAGGCCCACGCAAAAUGAAUAUAUUGGCUGGCUUUCGUUACCUUGCAUGCAGGCCCAACAUCAGUGUAGCCUGUAAUUUCCAGAUCAACGUUUAAAAUAAAAGCAUAAGAAAUUGAUUUGUCAUUAUAUUGAUUUGGAAUCUCAACAAGAAGAUAUGUAGCAUCAAAAUACUGAAAAUACAGGUAUUUUGCGUCAUGAAAAACGCAUGCCCUUUGUGUAAACAUCUAUAAUGUUGCCAAUAAUGUUGCCAUUUUAUUGGUAAUCUGAUGUGAAUAUUUUCUGUGGCUAUUUACUGCUACACUGUCUGCCCUGCAAUGUUUAGUCGCUGAUGGUAUUUCUUUUUUGCUUUCUUUCUUAUAGGAGAUUUGGCACAAAGUGUGGAGGUUGCGCCCAAGGGAUCUCGCCCAACGAUUUGGUUCGAAGGGCAAAGAGCAAAGUUUUUCACCUGAACUGUUUCACGUGUAUGAUGUGUAACAAACAGCUAUCCACCGGAGAGGAAAUGUACAUUCUAGAUGAAUUUAAGUUUGUUUGUAAAGAGGACUACCUAAGCAACAGCAACGGAAAGGACACAACCCUCCUCUCAGGUAUGGAACAUAACAUGACUUGAACCAAAUCACAGUUUGGAACCGCGAACCCGUGUUUAUAUUUCUAUAUAUUUGUAUAGCCUCUUGUAAUCAUUAUUUUCUCAUUUUUCUUAUUGCUUUAUAUUCCAUUUAUAAAACCAUUUUUUUAUUGCGAAAAUAAUUAUGAUAACAGCAUCCUGAUAGGCCUAAUAACAGUAACAAUCGAAACAAUGAUGUUGAUGACAAUUAAAAAUAUAAAAUAUUUUUAGACCUAUAGGGAUGAUCAUGUUUUCUUCAUUAAUGUUAUCAUCACCACCAAUAAUAAUAUGGCUAAAAGUAGUUGGCUAAUAUGUCUAAUGCCUCAUACUAACAAUAACAAUAUUAAUAAUAAUAUCCUAAUAAUUAUAUUCUAUUCUUGUCGUUUAUUUUUGCCUAUUUGUUAAAGAGUAUAAAGACAUACGAAUACAUUUCAAAUCAUUUCAUUUCGUAUUUCUUUCAUCUCACAGUCACGACUUGCAGUGACCCAAGUCUAUCUCCAGAUUCCCAAGACCCACAGGAUGAUGGUAAAGAUUCGGAAAUCGGACAUUUAUCCGAUAAAGAGGUGGGCAGCAAUGAAAACGACGAGCAGAACGUAGGGGGGAAACGACGUGGGCCGCGAACCACCAUCAAAGCCAAGCAACUGGAGGUCCUCAAAGCUGCUUUCGCGGCUACGCCAAAACCCACUCGACACAUCCGAGAACAGCUGGCGCAGGAGACAGGGCUCAACAUGAGAGUAAUCCAGGUAAGAGUCUAUUUCCCUUUAGCUUAUAUCACAUGUAAAAUCAUAAAUAUGUCUAUUUUCUGUAUUCAUAUUAUUCAUAUAUGCUUCUGUGAGAAAGUAUUUUCAACAAUGGCACCUUGGUCAAUAAUGGCAGAUGGCAAGAUAUGCAGACUGGUUACCACGAAAGUGGUGCAGAUGCACAAAUUCUCCUGACAUCCUUAAUGCUGUAUGACCUCUAUCUAUAUGCAUAUCAAUGCAAAGGCCUCUGUUUUCUGAUUUUUAAAUUAGCCUAUUCAUUAGGUAUCAUUAUGCUAUCAUUGUUAGACUAUUAUAUGUUGUGGCAAUUGUGACUGAAAAACAUGUAGGCCAUUGGUUGACAACACAUCUGUAAGUAUAUCCUAUCAAUUCACCUGUAGCCUGUAAUUUGAGUUGUUAAGUCCCUGGUAUUCAAUAAACAGACGAUAGAUAAACUGAGGAUUUUAGACUGCACUUCCCCUUUAAGGAUGGCCAUCUCACAACAUGUCAUCAGACAAGCUGCACACAUUUUUGAUGCACAAAAUAAAUAUUUGGCUGGCAUUGCAAACUUAAUUUUAAUCAGCUCUUUCCAUGUUAUUUGUGGUGUGCAGGUAUGGUUCCAAAACCGUCGGUCUAAAGAGCGGCGCAUGAAGCAGCUAAGCGUACUGGGUGCAAGAAGGCACGCGUUUUUCCGCGGUCCAAGGAGAAUGAGAACUCUGGUGGACCGACUCGAACCCGGGGAGCUGAUCCCCAACGGUCAUUUCUCAUACUAUGGUGGUAAGGUCUUGUAUAUUGACCAUGGUCCACCCAAAUAAUAACUUUGUGUUUAAAGAUGAUCAGAAAUGCAUUUUGACUAUGAGAGCCACUCAUAGGCCUGUAUGUUAAUCCUUUACAUUAUUUUUUAUUCCUAAUAGGAUUCAUUAUUCAGAGGUGUUUUGAUGCAUUUUAAAUCGAUUUUUUGACAAUAGGUUUAGGCAUACUGUGUGAAUUAGGCUACAUUUAAAAAUAAGAUACGUUUUUUUUCGAUAAUAGGCAAUAGUUCUCAUUGUUUUAAGUUAUAAGACUGUCAUCCUCCAAAUCACUAUUAUGGCAAAUUAACUCUAUACUACUGGAAAUGUAUUAGUUUUACUUUUUUUGUCCUUCAAAUGACAUUAUCGUGGCAUUGUGUCGGUAUAAUACAUUUUGUUAUAGUUUUAUUUUCACCACAUAAGCAUUUCCCAUAAUAAUUCUGGUGUAUAUGUUUGCAGAUUAUCAGAGUGAAUACUAUGGGCCUGGAGGAAAUUUUGAGUACUACACCCAAGGCCCCCCAUCAUCACAGGCCCAGACCCCAGGGGACCUAGGCUUCUCCUCUGGCCCCGCUGGUACCCCUUUAGGGGGCAUGGACCAUCACCUAGCUGGGCAUCACCCAUCCAGUGAGGUGCAGUGCUUCACUGACAUCAUAUCUCACCAUCCAGCGGACUCGCCUAGCCCAGAGCCCAACGGACCUGGGUCAAUGCACAGCAUCUCCAGUGAGAUGUGUGGCCCCAGCACACCCUUCACAUCACUGUCCCUCAACGGCAGCGGAUACAGCAACCAACUGUCACACCCCUCCUCAGAGAUGAGCGAAGGCACUGUCUGGUAG